UUUCUCACCAGGAAUAUGUAUAAAAAGGUUCCAUCCCACACAAUUUCUUUUUACCUACCCCAGAACAUUCAAAUUUCAAACAACUCACUUUUCAGGCCACUAAAAAUGAACGAUCCAGCACUCUACAUAAAAUCAAAUCCUUUUCAAGUAAGAGAUGCAACUCAAAUUCUCGGCAUAUUUAAGAAGCAGAUCUCAUCGGAUGAGACUGACAUCAUUCUGGAUAUCGGAUGUGGACCUGGAGAUGUGACAACAGGGAUUUUAAAACCUGUGAUAGGGAGAUUUGAGUUGCUGCUCGGUGUGGACAGAUCCAAAAGCAUGGUUCAAUAUGCAAGACAACACUGUGAGGACGAAGAUGUUUUAUUUGAGGAGUUAGAUAUAGCAGGGGACGUCACUGAUUUCAGAGAUGAUUGGGGAACAUUCACCAAGAUAUUCUCUUUCUACUGUCUUCACUGGAUUAAGGAUAUAGAGAAAGCAUUGUCCAACAUAGAAUAUUUGAUGCGCAAGGGUGGAGAAUGCUUAUUAGUUUUUGUGGCACAAUGCCCAGUGUUUGAGAUGUAUGAAAUAAUGGCAAAAGAUGACAAAUGGAAAACAUACAUGGAAGAUGUGAACAACUUCAUACCAAAAACUCAAAACACAGCACAGCCGGCUUUCUUAUUUUCUCAAAUGUUGGAAAAUGCUGGAAUCACAACAAUCAAUUGUGCUACAAUGAAUCGAAGCUUUGCCUUUCCGUCAACAAACAUGCUUCAAGACUGUGUUGUUGCUGUCAACCCUUUUAUCAAAAGAAUACCAACGCAACAGAGAGAUGAAUACAUAGAAGAGUGCAUAAGAACACUUUCUGCCAUCAGAUUGGAAAAAGGAAGUGCAAAUGAAAAUGAAGCUUACAGUUUUUCAUACAAGCUUCUAGUGGCACAUGGCCUGAAAAACUGAAUGCAAAAAAUCUUUUUUUUGUUAUAUGUUUACAUGAAACAUUUUUACGAGUAAUACAUAUGUUUUAUACCCUGUUACAAUAAAUAUUUUUAUAUAUAGCUAACAAGCAUUUUAUAACCAUUAAAAAAUUACGCAAAUUGUAAAAGAGAGCUACUUGAAAGUAACAAUUGCUUAAAUAAUGCAAAAUGGUAAUAAGCUAAAUAUUUUCUAAUGCUUUUUUAUAUAUUUACUAACAGUGUAACAAAUCUAAUUCAUUGGGCACUUCUAAUAUAUGUCAUUAGUUUACAAAAAUAAUUGAAAAAUUAUUUGGGAAUAUAACUAUUCUGUUACUGUCAAGCCUACAAAAACUUGAGAUUUACAGAAUUUUUUAAAAGAAAUUGGUAAACUUUUUCUCUUGUGCAUUUUUACAAGCACAUAUUGAGAGCAUUCACAGACACACACACACAAAAAGAUUUUAAAAUAAAAAAAAAAAAAAAAAAANAAAAAAAAA